AUGCUGGACCUGCACGAGGCGAUGCGGGGACUGCGGUUUGCGCCCGAGGCACUCGCAGUGCUGGAUGCGAACCGACAAGUACGGGUGAUAUCGCGACAGGCUGAACGGCUGUUUGGUGUUCCUGCUGCAGACUUGGUGGGGCGGACGACGAACCAUGUGUGGGCGGAAGAGUCGCGACCGGCGUUUAUGCUUGCGCUGAACGAGGCGGCGCAGAGGAUUGGGCAUGCGGAUACGGCGGCCCCGGUCAUUCGUCGGCUGAAAACGAGCAAGGCUGCGAUGCUGGAUAUGUGUGUGUCUGCGUGGCAUCCGACGGAUGAUCCGAUGUACGCUACGUCCAAGCCGCCGACAAACACUCUUACCGCACCACGAACGAUCAUGAUCAAGAUAUCACCAUAA